UCAUUUAUUUUAAGGUUAAAUAAUUUUUUUGCGUUUAUUUUCAGUUAUACUUUUAUUGAAAAUACAUGAUUUAUUUUUUCAAUUAUCCAAAAAAUAUUUCCUCCAAGAUGCUAAAUCCUCUCUCUCUCUCUGUACAAAAAUGUACUCAUAUCGUAUUUACUUAAAAAAUUUCAAUCAUUCUUUAAAUUUCUACCUGUUACUUUCCACAUAUUUAUACCAUUGACACUGAUAGAGCUUACAUAUUUUUUACACUCAAUUUAUUUUAAUCUAAAAAUUCAUUACUAACCCAAUAAAAAUUCCAUAUUUGCAUACUCCUAAAAAAGUACAAAAAUACCAUUAAAAUACUAUUUCUCUAAAUCUUCGUGUUCAAAAGUUUUGAGCACACUUUUUGCAGGAGGGAGUAUAUAUUAAGGGCUCACUUAUAAUAGUUUUUCCGUUCAUAAUAAUCAAAAUGAGUUGCAAUACUUUUUUAAGCUAUCUUUUUACUACAUUUUAAAGGUAAAUUUAUACUUUCACCAUUGUGGAAGAAGAUGAAGCUAAUGACCCUUUCUCCUUUGGAAGUAAAGAUCUAUUCAUAUAUAUAUAUAUAUGCAGUGUGCUCACUAUCUUUAGUUAGUUUCAAUUUCUUGGACAAUAAUGUAUUCUUUUACAAGUUUUAUCUUAAUUGAGAAGUUUUAUCUUAAUUGAGACAAGUUUCCUUCACUAGUAUUUGAUUCAUUGAUUGUAUCGAGCAAGGUUGUCACAGCGCCCUUUAUGGCGAGACGCCUGUGGACCGCCAUGGCGACAAUAUGGCGAUCACGGCGUUGUAGUGGUUGCAGUUCUAUGGAGCUCAGGACCUCUAAUAUCAGAAAGCUUUUGUCUGAUGAAAGUUCACUUGAUCUUAAUGUCCGCGAUCACUCUCCUUUGUAAAAUGGUGUAUGAAAUGAAUUCUCAAGGAAAAUGCCUGCAGUACUUCAAUUUGAAUUGGUUUUGAAUUCGCCGUUUGGGAAGAGAAGUGCGAAUAAAAUGGAGGGAAGUUGGCACUUGGCUACAUAGUUGGGGAGCUUAGACAUAGUGUUUUACUGGGGGCUUCACUUAUAUUGUGUGUCUCGGAAUGCAGAGUCAGUCCUGUGGUUACGGCGAAUAUUGUGGACCAAACUAAGGUCAUUUAUCGUUUGAUCUUCAGCUUUUGUUAGCUCUAAAAUGUGGUUCGGCUCGGCUCGGUAAAAAUGUUGCAAGCCAUCAACUCUUUUCAGCUUUCAGUCUCAAAUGUCUCUUAACCAACAGGAUCUCAUCCUUCAUUUCCACAUUCGAAAUUGUAUUUUGCAGUUCAGCAUAUCUCCGCUAGAUUCGAGUUCCGAUCGGUCUUCUACAUUUCCAUUUGAGGCAGACAGUGUGAAGGAUAAGAUGAAGUCAUUGCUGUUUAAGUUGGGGGAAACAUUUUUGUCUAAGUUAGCAGAGAAGUUGGUGGAUAUUGCAUUAGGCGAAAGAGACGAAGCCACUUUCGAAUCUCUGCAAACUAACAUGAGGUUACUGCGUGCUAAAGCAUCUGAUGUCGAAGAUGCAAUCAAGAGGGAUGAGCAAUCUGGAAAAAAGAAAAGGAAACGAGAAGUUGGCGAUUGGUUAGAACAAGUUCAAUUGAUUGACAAUGAGCUUGGUAUGUUGGAAAGUGAAAUGCGAAUGGAAGGCUUUGUGACACAAUUAUUUGGUGGAGGUCGAGCAGCAAAACUAGAAGCAAGAGUGCGCGAUCUGGUUGAGCAAAGACAGCAUUUUGGGGAGCUUGUACUCGAUGAUUGCAAAAUCAUGGGAGACAAGUUUCAAAUUGGGGAGUUGGUAGGUGAGCAAUUUAAGAAAAAUUUGGAAACAAUUUGGAGUUUCUUGUCGUCUGAUGGGGUGUCAAGCAUUGGGAUUUACGGCAUGGGGGGUGUCGGUAAAACAACACUUGCCAAGCAUAUAAAUAAUCGUCUCCAAGAACAAAGUGGUGAGCAUGUUGUAUGGAUCACAGUUUCUCAAGAGUUUACAAUUUCGAUGCUGCAAGAUGAAAUAGCCAAAUCCAUAGGUCGUGAUCUCUUGGAUGGGAGGAAUGAAUCGAAAAGAGCAUCACGAUUGAAUGCAAUGCUAUCCAAAUUAAACAAUCUUGUAAUUAUCUUUGAUGAUGUUUGGAAGCAUAUUGAUUUGAAAAAGUUAGGAGAUCCGCUCUCUGUGGAUGGAUGUAAAAUAAUGAUAACUACUCGCUCAAAGAAAGUUUGUGAUCAAUUUGAUUGUAACAAAAUAAUGAAGGUGGAGACGCUGCAAGAAAAUGAAGCAUGGAUCUUAUUCAAAGAUACACUUGGACGAUAUGUGAAUCUAACUUCAGAAGUCCAAGAAAUUGCCAAGUGUAUGGUGAAAGUAUGCGAUGGUUUGCCUCUAGGUGUCAUCACCAUUGCAGGAAGCAUGAAGGGUGAGACUGAGGUUCAUGUAUGGAGUGAUGCAUUGGCAGAAUUAAGGGCAUCCAUCAUGGGGCAAGACGACAUGGAAGAAUAUGUGUUUAAAGUUCUCAAAUACAGCUUUGACCGAUUGGAUCGAUGUAAAGGAAUUAAGAAGAAAGGAUAUUCAAAGCUUCAAAAUUGUUUCCUAUAUUGUUCCUUUUAUCCAGAAGAUUGGGAGAUAAAGGAAGAGAGUUUGAUCCGAUACUUUAUUCUUGAAGAGUUUAUGGACAAAAGAGAUAGUAGGAAACAACUGUUUAUCCAAGGUCGUGCCAUAGUCAAUAGACUAGUGGAUGUCUGUUUAUUAGAAAGAGUCGAUUCCAAGAGGGUGAAGAUGCAUGAUUUAGUGAGAGCUAUGGCGUUAAAGAUCGCGGAAGGUAAGACUGUGGUAAUAGCCGGGCACCACUCCUUGAAGGAUAUUUCAAUCGAAGAAGAAUGGGGCAAUGACAUUGAGAAGAUGUCUUUCAUGCAUAAUGACAUAGGAACAAUACCGGAUGGAUUGUCUCCAAACUAUCCCAAGUUGUCGACUUUACUUUUGGCGCAUAAUUAUCCCUUGAACUUCAUACCGGAUUCGUUCUUCUUUCAAAUGUGCAGCCUCUUCAUCCUUGAUUUGUCCUCGACUAGAAUCAAGAAGCUACCGGAUUCUUUCUCAGACAUUAAAAGCCUCAAAGGGUUGAUCCUUGCAGGUUGUUAUGAUCUUGAAUAUUUACCCUACUUGGGAAAACUCGAGAAUUUGAGGGAGUUGGAUCUCACAAAGACUGCAAUACAGGAAGUGCCUAGAGGGAUGGAAGAAUUAUUCAAUCUCAAUUUUUUGUCGUUUAGUCACACCGACAGCUUGAAAAUGUUACCAAGCUGUUUGGUAUCGAAGUUCAGGUAUCUUCAAUGCCUUUAUCUUCCUCAUAAGAUAUAUGCUCCAGUUGGAGAACUAAUGGAGUUGAAGCAUUUGGAGGAGUUUCGAGGGACAUUGAAAGAUGUCGAUGAUUAUAAUCUGUUGAUGAGAAACAGGUCAGCUUUAGCUUACUCCAUCUUUAUAGGAUCGGAUAGGAAUAAUAUUGCAGAGUUGUGGGCUUAUAAUCAUUUGGAGUUCCAUGAUUAUAACUUUGAUUCGAGUAAGGAUAAAGACGCGACUAUACUGGCCGGAGACAUCCAAGUCCAAUAUCUACGAUUGAUCGAGUGUCAAGGAUUGAGCAAGUGUUUCGUGGAAGUUCUCAAAUUGGUUUUCAAUAGUCCCGUAUCAAUAGAAAGCUUGGAAAUGGGAGAUUGUGAUGAAGUAGAGUGCCUUUCAAGGAUCGAACAAUCGGCAUCCAUCUCAUCACAUGGCUUUUUCACAGCACUUGACGACCUGCAUAUUCAUAGGUGCCGCAAGAUGAAGAAGCUUGGGCUACCAGCUUUGCAUCUCCAGAAGCUGAGAAUUCUCACAAUUGACGAUUGUGAAAUGAUCGAAGAGAUAUUUGAAAUGAAGCUGCAAUUAGGAGAAGCAUCUAUGGUCUGCCUUCCCAAACUAGAGUGUCUAUAUCUUCAAAAUCUACCGAAUUUGAAGAGCAUCUGCUAUUCGACGACGGUCUGCUGCUGCUCGAUUCGUGAUAUUACAUUGUAUGAAUGCCGAGCAUUGCACAAGUUUUCUUUGGUUUUCGGACAGCCAUACGAAGCGCCUCCAGCAGCCCUCGGAGCUAUUCAUUUAAUGGAGUUUGAGAAGAAAUGGUGGGAGAAGUUGGAGCUGGGACACCCCUCACACCAUUCUCUCCUGCAACCUUUCAUUCGAUGGGGGAGUAGAGAGUAUCUUUAACAUCACCUCAACAGGCUCCAAAUGCAUAUUCCAAACUGCAGAAGAUAUACUGUAACUUAAGCAUUUGGAGGAGCUUCGAGGGCGAGUUAAAGACACUUGCGACUAUAACCGGUUGAUUAGAAGUAAGCCGUGUUUAGCAUACCACGUCACGGUAGGAUUCGAUAGGCCGUACCAAUUGUGGGACUUCAGAAGUUACAAUCAGCUCGACUAAUCGAAAUAUGACUUCAAUUUGAGGAGGAACGACGAGGAUGUUACUAUGUUGGCGCAAGAUAUCCGACGUCUAGGAUUGGAUAUGUGUAAGGGAUUAGGACAAUGCAUCGGCGAAGAUCUCCCGCGAUUACUAAUCUAUCCAACAGUCGAAUGAAAGUUUGUGGAUAUGGAAUUGUGAAGAAGUGCAUAGCCUUCUGAGAAUAGAUCGAUUUUCCGAUAGAGAUGGCGCCUUCGCAAGCCUUUUCCUCGUCUCUUACAGUCUUGCGGAUUUUUAAAUACGAAGAUCAUCUGUUGUGACGACAUUAUGUUGUUCGAUUCGAGAAGUUAAGCUGAC